GUCGCGACGGUCGCCUAUGCCGUGAGCCUCGCCUACGCCAUCCGCCUCAAGGCGAUCCACGCCUACGGCUACGUGAUCCACGAGUUCGACCCCUGGUUCAACAUGCGCGCGACGACGUACCUCGCGGACCACGGGCUCUACGAGUUCUUCCACUGGUUCGACCGCCUGUCGUGGUACCCGCUCGGCCGGCCCGUGGGCACGACGAUCUACCCGGGCAUGCAGAUGACGGCCGUCGGGCUCUGGCGCCUGCUCGGCCGGGCGCGGGCCGCGGGCCUGCUCACGUGGUGGAAGCACGUGCGGCGGGCGCCCAUCUCGCUCAACGACGUCUGCUGCCUCGUGCCCGCGUGGUUCGGCGGGUCGGCGACGACGUUUCUGGCGCUGCUCACGCUCGAGUGCACGAACUCGUACGCGGCGUCGGGCUUCGCCGGCCUCAUCAUGGCCAUCGUGCCCGCGCACCUCAUGCGGUCCGUCGGCGGCGGCUACGACAACGAGUCCAUCGCGCUCACGGCGAUGUGCGGCACGUUCUACCUCUGGUGCCGCGCGCUCCGCGGGCCCCGGGGGCGCGGAAGCGCGGCCGCGCGGGCGGCCGGCGACGCGACGGCGGCGACCUGGGCCUUUGGCGCGCUGGCGGGGCUCGCCUACGUCUACAUGGUCGCCGCGUGGGGCGGCUUCACGUUCGUCGCGAACAUCGUCGGGCUCCACGCGUUCGUGCUCGUCGCGUGCGGGCGCUACACGGCGAAGCUGCGCGUGGCCUACAGCCUCUUCUUCUUCAUCGGCACGGCAGGCGCGGUCCAGGUGCCCGUCGUCGGCUGGCGGCCCAUGCGGGACCUCGAGCUCCUGCCGCCUUUGCUCGUCUUCGUCGGGCUCCAGUUCUACGGCUGGGCCGACGGCGAGCGCCGGGCCCGGGGCCUGGGGCCCGGCGGCUUCCUGUUGGCCCUGAUCAAGGCGGGCAUCGUCCUCGCCCUGCUCCUGGGCGCCGCGGGCGCGGUGCUGUACCCGCGGGGCUACUUCGGGCCCCUGUCGUCGCGCGUCCGCGGCCUCUUCGUCAAGCACACGCGCACGGGCAACCCGCUCGUCGACUCCGUGGCCGAGCACCAGCCGGCGUCGACGCAGGCCUACGAGCAGUACCUGCACCACGUCUACAGGCUCGCGCCCUUCGGCCUCGGGCUCUCGUUCCUCCGCUUCUCGGACGCGGGCGUCUUCCUCUGGGUGUACGCCGCCGCGGCCUACUUCUUCGCCAACAAGAUGGCGCGGCUCAUCAUCCUCCUGGGCCCCGUCGCCGCGGCCCUGGGCGGCGUCGCGCUGGGCGCGGCCGCGGACCACGGGUUCGUCUUCGCACUCGACGCGGUCGUCGAGCGGUGCUUCGGCGCGGCGGAGGCCCCGGCGGCCCCGGCGGAGCCCGCGGACCCCAAGGACAAGAAGGCGAAGCGCGCGGCGCGGAAGCCGACGGCGCGCAUGGCCGCGGCCGCGCGGCGGGCCGCGGGCGCGGCGCGAACCGCGUACCGCCACCCGGCGAUCUGCCUGAUCCGCGCGGCCGCGCUGGCCUACGCCGCCAAGACCUACGCGCUGCCCAUGGCCCGCGAGUUCCAGGCCUACUGCGAGGAGCUCAGCGAGGGCCUGAGCCAGCCGUCGAUCAUGUUCAAGGCGCGGCUCCGGUCCGGCGAGGAGAUCAUCGUCGACGACUACCGCGAGGCCUACUGGUGGCUCCGGGACAACACGCCCAAGGACGCGCGCAUCCUGGCCUGGUGGGACUACGGCUACCAGAUCACGGGCAUCGGCGAGCGGACGACGCUCGCGGACGGCAACACGUGGAACCACGAGCACAUCGCGACGCUCGGCCGCAUCCUCACGGCGCCCGAGGCCGAGGCCCACAAGAUCGCCAAGCACCUCGCCGACUACGUCCUCGUCUGGGCCGGCGGCGGCGGCGACGAUUUGGCCAAGUCGCCCCACAUGGCGCGCAUCGGCAACUCGAUCUACCACGACUUCUGCCCGAACGACCCGACGUGCCAGCACUUCGGCUUCUACCAGGGCGGCCGGCCGACGCCGUCCAUGGCCAAGUCGCUGCUCUACAAGCUGACGACCUACGGCGGCGACGGCCGCGGCGGCCAGGGCACGUACCUCAACACGAGCCGCUGGGAGCCCGCGUACACGACCAAGUACGGCAAGGUCCGCAUCUUCAAGAUCAAGAAGGUGUCCCAGAAGUCCAAGAACUGGGUCAAGAACGCGACGAACCUCCUCUGCGACGCGCCGGGCUCCUGGUACUGCCCGGGCCAGUACCCGCCGGCGAUCAAGUGGCUCAUCGACAAGCGGAAGCCCUUCCGCCAGCUCGAGGACUUCAACACGGGC